GGCAAAGCUAACGUAGUACGCGUAUUCGUAAGGACGCGGAGAUCAAUCGCCCAGCAUGGAGAGAGUGCAAUUUCAACAAGAGCAGAUGCUCGCCGAGCUGAAGGACCUCGUCCACAAAGGUCUCUUCACUAAAAAAGAAAUCAAGCAGAUCAUAAAAAAGCGGACCGCGUUCGAGACGGCGUUGGUCCGGCGCGUCGCCAAAAAGGCCGACUUUCUGCGCUAUGCGGCAUACGAGAUGCAGCUAGAGGCCUUGCGUAAGAAGCGAGCGGAGCGGAUUAAGGCUCCUGAGGGUCCAUCGACGAUCUCGGACUACGCCCUCGUCCGUCGGCAGUUCCACAUAUAUGAACGUGCGCUGCGGAAGUUCAAAGACGAUGUCGGGCUAUGGAUACAGUACAUCCACCUUGCUAAGCAGGAGGGCGCUCGCGCGCUCGUUGGACGCAUAACGGCUCGAGCGCUGCAGCUUCACCCUUCAACGCCCGCACUGUACAUUCUCGCUGCUGGCCACGAACUGGAACAUCGCUCGCCUUCGGCGGCGCGCACGUUGCUCCAGCGCGGCCUACGCCUGAACGCGGACAGCGUUCAGUUAUGGCGGGAGUACGUCAAGAUGGAGCUUGGGUUCGUGGAGAGUAUGCGGAGGCGGUGGGAAAUUUUAGGCAUCAGCGCAGGCGCCGCGCAGGGAAAGGGAAAGGAGAAAGAAAGCGCGGAAGAAGCGGAAGAUAGGAUGGACGUGGAUCAGGACGCAGAUGCACAGGCCGAGGCGGACAGGGCGAGGGAGGAAAUCAUGAACGGCGCUAUCGUCCAAUCGGUCAUCUCUUCCGCCGUCAAAGUUCUGCCCACCGUAGAACUCUUCACCGCACUGCACACCCUCUUGGCCACCUACCCUUCGCCACCCCACUUGCGGCGCUCCCUCAUGGAGUACCUGCACACCCUCCUCCGCUCGUCGCCCGUUGCGUCUCAUCCAGAAGCGAUAAGCCUGCACGCGACACGAUUCCUGAACGACGCACUAGAAGGCGAAGAGCUCGUACAAGCUUUAAAAGACGCUAACGAAGCGUUCGCGGCGGCCGUCCGCGGACACUCACGGGCAUCGGGGUCGAAAAAGAGCAAGAAAGACGCAGAAGAGGAAGAGUACGGCGCCGCUCGCGCGUACGCGCGGUUUGUGGAAGAAUGGUGCACAAAGCCGCAACUGGAUGACAACCUGCAACUCUAUCUGAUCGGGUCGCUGCGCUUGGUCGCCAAGGAGGUGGCCGCGGCACCGCUCUUGGCGGCGCAUCUGCGGUUGCUGCGAGCGCAGAGCCAUCUGGAGAUGGGAGAGACGGAGAAGGUGUUGAAGAUCGCGAAAAGGUAUACGAGGAGAUGUGCGAGCGCCGAAGUCUGGUUGGAGAGGCUGGAGGUCGAGCGAGAGUUCAGCACGCGCGAAGAGGCAGACAAGGCGUGGGAGGAGGCAAGGAGGACUUGCGCGGGUGACUUGGCGAUCUGGACUUGGGGCCUUGAAAGGCUUGACCGCGACGGUGCCGCGGAGGAGGAUGAUGCAAGAGGAUCAGGAACGCGGACCGAGGCCAGGCGGGAGCUGCUCGAGCGGCUGCUGGGCGAGAGCAUGGCGAUGCUCGCGGCGGACGGUUCGACUUCCCAGGCGCUGGACGUGCACCGGGCGCUGCUGAUCCGGUACGUGACGGUGCUGUAUGGGGGCCAUAUGGCUCCGGGCCCGGACGUGCCUGGGGAGGAUGCGACGCGCCGGGGGGAACGGGUGAUCGAGAUUGGGAGGCGGUAUUUGCCUAACGGGGACGUGUGGCGGGCGGUGUUUGAAUCGGAGACGGAGGCGGGGGUGCUGCGGCGGGUGUACGAGCGGUGGCGGCGGCUGGAGGGCGAGGAGGUGGCGGCGGCCGUGGCCUGGGCGGCGUGGCUCGUGCGGCACGACGGCGGGGGGGCGGCGCGGGACGUGGUGGUGGCGGCUCGGGGCGGGCUGGGAGCGGGCGGGCGGGCGGAGCUGGAGGCGCGGUGGACGGCGGUUCUGGAUGGCAGCAGCUAAUCUGGGCCGGGUGGUGGGACUGGGGCACAGACUGGCCGGGCUGCGCGGUUCCACGUCGGCGGGGCGUAGAUAGUUUGUAGGCCGUGUGGACUGGAUGAUGAGUGUAUGGGACGUGUGAUGGAGAUAAGCGUGGGUGGGAGCACGCGGCGUGGUGCGCGUGCUGGUCGCUGCCCAAGAAGCACGGCAACAUGUGCACACCAUGGCUGUUCCCUAUUCCAGCCCGCCCGUCCUCGCUCCUCUCCUCCCGCCCUCGUCUCCGCUGGUUGUGCUGGUCAUCGGCGUCCUAUAAGCUACCUCACCACCAUCUCCCCCCGUCAUCGUCGCCGUCGUCGGCCGCGACGCCCCAGGCAGCGCACAGCUCGCCAGAGCGUCUCCGCCAUCGUCCAAGACACGACGUCCGUGGUCCGCCCGCUUAUCGGGCCCAGCGCCGUCUCUCAUCACUGAGUGCACCGAGCGAUGUUCCAGCCGCUCGCCAUCCAGCGUCUGCCCACCAACACGCAGCUUAAGGCCCUCUCUGACGACCGACAUGCGAGCGCAAGCCCGUCCAUGACCGCCCCGCGUACCCUUCUCGACAUGCCAAGCGCUCGGUCGGCCUACGCACCACCACCACCGCCAUCGUCCUCCUCCCGCCCGUCCCCGCUCUUCGUCAACACCCACCUCCCCCGCCUCGCCUCUCCCUCUCCCUCUCCCUCCCCCUCCUCGGCCACACGCCCGACCUAUUUCUCGCACCCGGUUCCGACUUCUUCGUAUCCUUCUUCUGCCACGACCCCCCUUGUUGUUUCUUCCCAACCGCAUCAGCAGCAGCAGCAACAGACCCGCAACUCGUGGGCCUCUUCCGUUAUCGACGACGUCCUCACGACCGGAGACCGCCUUGGCGAGCAUAUCGAGCUCCAGGGCGAGCAGCUUCGUCUCGUCCCGCACGCCCCUCGUGCGCGCUCCCCGGACUACGUCGAGCCUGCCGCCGAGUUUGAGGUCGUCAAGCGCCUCGGUACCGGUUCCUAUGCUGUUGUCUACCUCGUCCGCGAGGUGCUUUCCCGUGGCACGGUCUCCGAGGAUGAUCAUUGCAACGUCGGGCGCCUCGAGCUCGACGACGCUUCCUCCCGCCACUCGGUCGAGUACGGCCGCGAGUACGCCAUCAAGGUGCUCUCCAAAGCCAACUUGGACCAGGACGCCCUGGAAGCCCAGAUGACAGAGGUUACCAUCCACCAGUCGUUGCCCAGCCACCCGAACAUCGUCACGCUCCACCGUACUUACGAAACGUCCUCAUAUCUGUUGCUCCUGCUCGAAUUUGUCCCCGGCGAGGACCUGUUCUACUUCCUGGAGCAGGCCCGCGACCACGCCCACACGGCCAUCGCGGAAGGCGCGAGCCCCUCGUCGCGCACGCCACCGACGCCUGGUUUGCUAUCGUCCAUGCAUCCGGACCAGCUUCUGUCCCGGACCCGCCUCCGCCUCGUCUCAUCCAUGUUCGCGCAGAUGUGCGAGGCCGUGGGCACCUGCCACGACGCGGGCGUGUUCCACCGCGACAUCAAGCCCGAGAACUUCAUCGUAACCGACGGCUGGACGGCGGUCGACGGCCGCCAGGAGCGCAAGGUCAUCGUCAAGCUGUCGGACUUUGGACUCUCGACGACGGACGUCGACUCGGCCGAUAUGGACUGCGGAAGUGCGCCUUACAUGAGUUACGAAUGCCGGAAUAAUAUUGCCCCUACUUACAAACCCCGGGCGGCCGAUGUUUGGUCGCUUGGUAUCGUCUUGAUCAACAUGCUGUACCACUAUAAUCCCUGGACCGACACCACGGCCGGCGGCUGCUCUUCCUUCGAGCUCUUCCGCCAGCAGCCCGUCAACUUCUUCAUGCAGCGUUUCGCGGGCAUGACGCUCCCCGUCGCCGAGUUUCUCGCGCACAAGGUCUUCUGCAUCCCCACCGAUCCCCGUGCGGAUCCUCCCCGCGUCUCGGCGUGGGAGUUCUGCGACUGGGUGAAGGACCUGCCUGCGCUCUUCCUCGCGACGCCCCCGUCGCCCCACCACCGCGUGCGCUCGCUCUCGUCCACCGCGGGUCACCCGAUCGUCAGCACCGCGCCCAACUCGCGCCCGCAGUCCCGGCAGGCGAGCGAGACACGGCCGGUGCGCCGCCUCUCCGGCACGCCCACCUUCACGCCGGUGCAGCUCGCCAGCGACGACGGCAUCCUCGAGGUGUUGCGAACGUCGGAGCUGUCGCCCGUCAUCGACGAGGAGCGCGACGCGGAGAUGGAGGCGGACCUCGCCCAGGCCGCGGACGAGAACGAAGACGAGGACGAGGACGGAACGGGCUCCCGCAGCCAGUCGAACAUCAAGCGGCGCAAGCGCGGUGCCCGCAAGAGCAAGCCGCCGCCGGCUGCGGACGUGCAAGACGCGAUUGCGGCCGAGCUCGCGUUCGCGUCCCAGCAGCUCGCGCGCGAGCUCUCCCGGCGCACGCAGCUGCCCGAGGCCGCCGAAGUCCCGCUUCCGCCGAUGCCGCCCAGCGUCGCGGCGAGCGUCGCGCCGCUCGCGAAGAAGCCGUCCAAGUGGAAGCUGUCUUUCGGGAAGACGAGUUCGUCGGGUGUGCGCGAGGGCCGCGGCGCGGAGCCGGCCUCGCUCGACGUCGAUGCUGCAUCCGACCGCGUGAGCACGCACAGCGGCAAGAACCAGGGUACGCUCGCGAGCAAUGUCACGAGCCUUAUCAUGGGUCUCGACGCAAGCGCUGCCUCUGCCGCCUCAUCGGCCACCGCCGUCGAAAAGGAGCGCGGCCGCGCCAGGAAGGGCAACCGCUCACCCGUCAGCCUCUACGCUACCGGAACGUUCGAGCCGAUGUCGAAGAAGCCGACCGAGAACCAGCGAGGCGCGUUCGAGCCCCUCAACAAGCAGCGCGGCGUGUCACCCACGAGCACGCGCAGCGGCCGGCAGGUGGCGUCGAGCGCGAGCUCGAUCGCGUCGUCCAACUGGCGCAGCUCGAUGUCGAGCGCGGCCUCGUCCACCAGCGCGUUCACCCGGUACAGCAACGGCAGCCGCCAGAGCGUAUCGACCGUCGCAACCAGCCUCUCCUCCGGCAGCUGGCGCAACGGAAGCAAGCCCUCGCUCGCGCCGUCUGGCCGGGGUCGCUCGCCACUCGGACAGGAGGUCGUCAACAUGCCCCCGCGGAACGUCAAGAUCAUGGACGGCGUUCCCUGGGCGCUGCACCAGCUCCCGCGCGGCAUGCACCACAAGCCCGAAGGCGACAUCUUUGGCUCGCCACCGGUCCCGCGCAAGCAACGAACGCGCAAGGGGCCGAACUCGCCGCUUAACCCGAUCAGCGAACGCACCGAGCGCAACGCGGCCUCGACCGGUGGUCCCAAGUCGCCCGUGAGCCAUCGCCAGGACGCGGCGACGAGCACGACGGAUCUCGACAGCGGCGGCGAGAACGACGACGUCGCGGACGGUACUCCGAAGAAGGUGCAGAAGGGCCAGAUCAACGCGCUCGCGAAAAUGCUCUCUGCCCUCCGUCGGUGAUAGCGCUUUCGGCACCGGCCCCGCUCGUCACCACCCUCUCCUCCGGCCUGCACCCCGAUCUCCGACCUCACCGAACCCUUGACGACACAAACCAACCCCCAAUCCCCCGCCCCCAUGUUCAUCUGCAUGAUAGACAGGCUCUUACAGGCCUCCGGCUCCCGGUCAUUCUAGGGUGUCAACGCGAUACGCGCGGCAAGCGCUGGAGCCCCCCGUUCUGCGUUUUCGGCACGCGUCCGCGCACGUGUGCCGCGUGUACUUGUUUCCGUAAAGUAGCGUACGUCCGUGCAACUUGUUCUAUCAGUGCCAUAAACACCACCAGGCUCCCCGGCGAAUCAUACGAAUCUCGCCAACCGACCAAGCUCUCCUUCUCGGACGUAAUCGCGCUCCGUUGUAUGCACGCGCUUGAAAGCGUUGUAAUAGUUCCGACCUCUUUCUCUCUCUCUCUCUUCCAUCCACCCCGCUCCUCCUGCUUCUUCCAACCUCUCUCCUGCAUUCUUUGGCAUCGAUGUUCGGCACCCACCCAAAAUCGCGGUUCAGCUGACUCAACAACACAAACACAUACGC